AUGACCUCCGGCGCCUCCAUCGACGUCCCCAUCCGGCCCGCCCUCUUCAAAAACUCGGGCCUGCCAAAGUCCGACUCCUCCGUCUCCACUACGGCUCCAUCCUGCAAAUCCAUCCGCGUCACCGGCGCCCAUCCUCUCGGCUCCCUGCACGUUCACCAGCCCGUCGACUCGUCUCGGUCGCAAGAAGCCGCCAUGAACCCAAACACCCUCCCCGACGACGAUGAGCCCCCGCCUCUGGGCCCCAUCGAGCCUCAAGGUGCCGUCGCCACACAGCGCCCGCCGCCCGAGCAUGAGCACACCCUCGGCGGCGGCGACAUCGUGCUGAUCAUGGACCUUCCCGCUCACUUUACCGUUGGCUACGAUUCCGUCUCCUUCACCGCCCGCGAGUUCGUCGGCGUCAGAGACAUCCCCCCCGGCCCGCACUUUUUCUGGGUCUCGGAAACGGAGGCCAGCACCACACGCUGCGGCUUCUGGGUCAUCAGCUCGGCCACGGAGAAGAUUCACGUCAUGCAGUGGGACAAGUUCAACGAGGUUGUCGGCGAGCCCGCCAGCCAGGUCGAGGCCCGCUUUCAGAAGGAUAACAUCCAGGACAUCUACCCCAAGCUGGCCCCUUACCAGUUCCGCGCCCUCAACGCAAACGUCAAGUCGGUAGCCGCCGGCUCGUCCAGCCCGGAACCUGAGUUCGCAAGGAACACCAACAUCUGGCAGCAGCUUACCAACGCCAUCUCGGCCCCUCUGCUGAGCAGAAUUACCGCCCGUCAGGCCGGAAAUUGGGCUGUGCACACCUCGGACCGCGUAAGGGGCGCUCUGAUGCUCCCCGCCGAGGUCGAGCUCGAGAAGAGGAUGCCCAGCGUAGUCGCGAGCACAGAGUUGAACUUUACCUUCAGCCAGGGCGCAAAAACGUACGAUGCGGACACUGUCGGCCCCGCACGCACCGAGCAGGCCGUCGAUGCUACGGCUUACUUGCUGUCCACGGCUAUCAGUGACGACGACAUUGUUGGCGAGCUGCAGUUCGCCUUCAUCGUCGGAAUGCACCUCGGCAACGAAGCCUGCGUCCAGCAGUGGUGGCACAUGCUGGUCUCGGUCGUCCUGAAGGCCUACACCCUGCCCCUCAAGCGCCCCGAGCUGGCUCGCGCCCUCCUGCAGACAAUCACGGCUCAGCUCGUCUACAACGAACGCUACCUUGACGGCUCCGUCCUCGACUAUGGCCCGUCAUACUCCCGCGACCUCCGUAUGGCUCUCAUUGUCUACAAGCGACGCCUCAACGAAGUGCUUCUGGCACUCAACUCACUCGCCACUCCAGAGCAGGCUGCCGUCGGCCAGGCAUUCUCCGAACUCGAGACGUGGGUCUGGAAAUUUGGAUGGGACAUCAGAAGCGACUACCUACGAAAGGGCAAGAAGAUGCUCGAGGACGGCGAGGAAGUCGAGCUGGAGAUGGAUGACCUCGAGGCCGAGGAUGAGCGAGGCGAGUUCGCCGCGACGGUGGUCGAGCUGGACGAGAGCGGAAAGCAGAAGGAUCUUGUCUCGUGGGAUUAG